GAGUGGAAUCUGAAUAACCGAGCGGUGUCCGGACCGUGCUGUACGGAGCAGAGCGCAGCGAUAGACGGGCGGGCAGUGCCAGGAAAGGACACAAAGCGAGGGCGAUGAGCGGGCGUGACGUCAUUGGAAGGCGACGGCGUACCAGGAAGCUGCGAGAGGAGACCAACGUGUGUUCGGAUAGUUACCGGUGAUUAAAGAUGGAUUACAUCACUAACCCUGGAACUCUGUCGCUGGCAGCAGGAAUAGCCUGUGGUGUUUUACUAGGUUGGAGCCUGCGUGGUCGAGUUGGCCGUUCAAAGAAUGUAACAAAAUUAUCAGGAAGUGAUGCAGGAAGUGAAGCAAGUGUGAUGGGAGAAGGCGGAGAGUUCAAGAUGGUACUAGUUGUCCGAAACGAUUUGAAAAUGGGAAAGGGAAAAGUUUCUGCACAGUGCUCACAUGCUGCGGUAUCCGCUUACAAGCAGCUCCUUAAGAGAAAUCCUGAAUUACUUAAGCAAUGGGAAUAUUGUGGGCAACCCAAGGUGGUACUGAAAGCUCCGGAUGAAGAUACUUUGGUUGAGCUUCUCACCCAGGCAAAACAGCUGGGACUGGCUGUCAGUCUGAUUCAGGAUGCAGGUCGCACACAAAUCGCACCAGGAUCUAGAACUGUCCUUGGUGUGGGACCUGGUCCUAGUGAUUUAGUUGAUAAAGUGACUGGACAUUUAAAGCUCUAUUGAGGUUUCUGUCACUUAAUAAAAUAGUAAAUGACGACCUAAUUCAUCUUAUUUCACCCUCCUGUUUAGUGUUUUCUAAUACAUAAGGAUAAUAAACUUUACAUAUUUUG